CAGGCAUGAGGCUGAUCUGUUGUUGUCAUCCGUCUGCAACGACAGCAGAUUUUAACCCGCGAUAACAUUUGCACAGUAAAAUGUAUUUUAAGGCGGCGGGCGCUGCAGUGACGCGGACACUGUGGACACGAGGACACGGGACUCCUCCGCUGGUUCGAUCCCACAAAGUGAACAACCCGCCGACACCCUGCAGAGCGUCGACGGGCGGUGAGACAGGCUGCAGCCCCGAUGCUGACCGGCCGAGCGGCGACGUGCCGUCCUCCGGGGAGCCGCCUCACAGAUGCAAGACCGGGGAGAAGAAGAGACCCAGGGAGCCCGUGGGUGCUCCCGGGGUGACUGGUGUCAGGAGAGGGUUGUACACGUCCACCACGGCCCCGGUGAACCAGACGUCCUACCUGUGGGCCCGGUACAAUGACACCAAACGGCUGGUUCACGACGUGAUCCCACCAGGUGCGUGUAACCUCCUCAACUCCUCCACCAUCUACGCCAACAACGAGGUGGACCUGGCUGAAGUGGACAUCUACGGCUUUGACUAUGACUACACGCUGGCGCUGUACUCAAAUGCACUCAACAUAAUGAUCUACAACAAAGCUAGGAGCUUCCUAAUCGAGCAUUUUAAGUACCCUCAAGGCCUCCACAAAUAUGAUUACAUUCCCAACUUUACCGUUCGGGGUCUGCACUAUGACAUCCAAAAGGGUCUUUUGAUGAAGAUAGAUGCCUUCCAUUACAUUCAGCCAGGAACAGUGUAUCGGGGACUGAGCCCGGUGCCAGACGAGGAGGUCCGUCAGCUCUACGGGGGGACUUUUCAUGUUCCACUGCAGCAGGACAGUGGCUUCUAUGGAAAGGGACCAAAGGUUAAGCAGUUCAUGGACAUCUUCUCCAUUCCUGAGAUGACUCUCUUGGCCGCGGCAAAUGAUUUUUUCAUCACCAACGGCAUCGAAUACGAUCCGGUUCACCUCUUCAAGGACGUCUCGGAAGCAAUUGGCAUGGUUCACCUGAAAGGCUACAUGUACAAAUGGGUCAUGGAGGAUCUUGAUAAGUUCAUUCUGAGAGGAGAAGAGACAGAUGCUGUUUUGCAUCGAUUGGUCAGUCAUGGAAAGAAACUAUUCCUCAUUACCAACAGUCCCUUCAGCUUCGUGGAUAAAGGAAUGAGAUACAUGGUGGGAAAAAACUGGAGAGACUUUUUUGAUGUGGUGAUCGUUCAGGCAGACAAACCUCACUUCUUCACUGAUUGUAUCAAACCCUUCAGGCGCUUGGAUAGUAAUGGAGACCUUCAGUGGGAAAAGAUAAACAGUUUGGACAAAGGACAGAUCUACAAACAGGGAAACCUGUUUGACUUUCUCAGACUGACAGGCUGGAGAGGUUCAAGGGUUCUGUACUUUGGAGACCAUCUUUAUAGUGACUUGGCUGACCUGAUGUUGAGACACGGCUGGCGUACAGCAGCCAUUAUUCCUGAGCUGGAGCAGGAAACCAAAGUGGUGAGCACCAACCGGUACGCUGUGAGCCUCACCUGGCUACAGGCUUUAACCGGCCUCAUGGAGCGCCUACAGUCACAUCGGGACCCCGAGUCUCAACAGGUAUUUGAAGAAUGGCAGAACGAGAGAGAAGAACUCAGGGUGAUGACAAAGAACGUGUUCAACCCUCAGUUCGGCAGCAUCUUCAGAACGUGUCACAACCCCACGUACUUCUCCAGGCGACUCUCUCGUUUCUCAGACAUCUACAUGGCCUCCAUCAGCUGUCUUUUGAACUAUGACGAUUUGUAUACGUUCUACCCCCGCCGCACCCCUCUGCAGCACGAGGCUCCUCUGUGGAUGGACCAGCUUUGCACAGGCUGCAUGAAGACUCCAUUCCUGGAGGAGAUGUCUCAGAUACGAUGAGAUCUGUGAACUCCUCAGUGACUGUUUGAUAUUUUGUAUGUUAGUCCUGGCAGACAUGUCUGUUUUUCGAUUUCCUUUUAUAUAGCAAAGUUUAUUUUUAGUCAAGAAGGUGCGGCACAACUACCUCCUUAGAGGACAAAGCAUUCCUGUACAGACCCACGCCCCCUAUGACUUCACUAGAAGGUGCUGUAGAUUUGCUUGCUGUCCGGAGAUCACCAAUCCUAGAUUGACAGACACUCUGGUUGCUGCCUGAAUUCAAGUGAUAUGAACAUUCUGAGCAAUAUCGAGCUGCCAUCGCACAAAUAAAUAAAUAAA